AGACUUCUGCUGCCAAACCCCGCCCGUUAACACCACUGACUGCACAGCUCCCAUAUGUUACAUCAGACCCCGGGGGCUAGGAUAUCUCCUGUGGCAUCUCCUCGACCUGACCUGCUCGGAGGGAGACCGCAGGGUCUUUUUAAGGAGGCAUAGUAUCGGGAAUUCCCUGAUCAGCUUGAAAAUCCUGCUGAUGAUUUCAUCACUACAAAGGUGACCAUGGCUGACGAAAUCUCCCCACUCAUAUCCGACAGGGCAGUUGUUGAAAAGAAAAGCAAUAGGAAACACCAAGAAAGACACUGUGUCACUCCUUCUCUCCCAGACGGACAGAUCUUAAUGAACACUCACCAUGUGAAGACUGACUCUUCAUUUGGCGGCAUCUGUGGCAUGAGCUCACUUUCAGAGAGCAGCGACGCUGGGAUCCUUUACCUGAACCCUCAAACGCCAAAAUGGUCUCUCGUGGAGAAGUUUGCCGAGCUUUCGCCGGGCGAAGAAACGGGAUUCGAACAUGACCGAGACCAGGGCGGUCGAGGACUGUUACAAUGCACUAAACAUAUCGAGAACAGUCAAAUAAAUGGAUCUAAUGAAGUGCUCUUGGAUGCUGCGCAAAAGAAGGAAAGUAACCACUCUCAGUACCUCAAGAGUCAUAAGAUGCAAAGUAAUGCCAAACAGAGGGCAUCUAAGCUCAAAGAGCUAAACGUUGAGGAGAAUUCUCCAGGCGGAGCUGAGAAUAAGACCAAAAAGAAGGAUAUAAAUAGUCCUUCUGUAAAGAAAUUACUUAAAAAGUGUGAAGAUGACAAGAUCCCUCGACUUUUGGUUGCGAUGAAAAAACGCAGUGGAGUUGACAAAGAGCACCGUCCCUUCAAGUGCACGCACUGCAACUGGGCUUUCAAGAAGCUCUGCAACCUCCAGAGUCACUUGCAAACGCACACCGGCCUCAAGCCACACGUGUGUGAUAUAUGUGGCAAGGCUUACUCUCAUCAGGGCACGCUGCAGCAGCACAAGCGUCUACACACUGGUGAAAGACCAUACCACUGCCCCUUCUGUGUCAAGACCUAUAUCUGGUCCUCAGAUUACCGCAAGCACAUUCGAACACACACUGGUGAGAAGCCAUAUGUCUGUGACGCGUGUGGGAAGGAUUUCAUACGCUCCUCUGACCUGCGAAAGCACGAGCGGAACAUGCAUACCAACGACAAGCCCUUCCCGUGCACGCACUGUGGCAAGACCUUCAAUAAACCCCUCUCCCUGAAGCGUCAUGAGCGGAAGCACCUGGGAGAAAGGCCCUUCUCCUGCCCCGAGUGCGGGAAAGCCUUUGCUCUGGCUAGCCGCAUGGCAGAGCACCAGAAGAUCCACGCAGGAGUGCGUCCGUACGUCUGCACGGUGUGCUCCAAGUGCUUCACCAAGUCGUCCAACUUGACCGAGCACGAGGCCAUUCACAGCGGGGAGCGGCCACACAAGUGCGAGGAGUGCGGCGUGGCGUUCGCCAUGGCCUCUCGCCUCGUCCGUCACCAGUACGUCCACAAUAAAGAGAAACCCCACAACUGCACAGGCUGCAGCAAGAACUUUAGCCACCUAGACACGUUGAAGCUCCACCAGGAUCAAACCUGUGCAGGGAGGAUCUUUGUCUGUGUGGAGUGUGACAAGUCUUUCCUGUGUGCCACAAAGCUCGCACAGCACAUGCUGAACCACAGGGACAAGAGUGUCUGAAUCAGUUUAAAAGACAGGUACUGUAUGCAUUUGCAACUGUAUAUCCAAAUGCGGUGGAACAAUUUGUUCAAAUAAUCCGUUUCCAGACACAUCAGAGACACAUCGGAUCCAUUCAGAGUUACAGGGCACCAGAUUAUUUAUGUUAAGGUAUGUGUAGUUGUGUAGUUGUGCCUUACUUGUCAAUAACACUCUCUCCCCCCGUGGUGCUGGGUUCACACGAGAACGCUGUGGGAUAAAAAUUGCCACCAGCAUCGACACUGGAGCUUACAGUUUAAUGGUGUGACGUGAAAGUGGUAACAAGAUCCUUUUUAAAGUGAGAAUAUACAGUAAGUGUUAAUAGUUCAUAUUUUUAAGUCAAUAAUACGCACAACACUGCAACUUUGCAUGUGGGGAAAUGCAGGUAGUUUAUCAUGAUAAAUGGCUACCUAUGCUGUAGUGGCAUUCUGAAUGUGGUGGCCAAGGUGGGACAUGCUGACACAGUUCAAGCAGGGAUGGCACUGAGCAUUGCAUUUCAGAAGGCCUAUCACUUCCUCGUGUUGAUUUCAUAGAUGCACAGAGAUUUAUAUACCCAACUUUACCAUCAAGCCAAACAUAGAGUAGAUGACAGCUUUGAUGCCCACGGGAAGCUGGUAUAUUAUAUCGUCCUGACAGAUAGAGGGGCAGCUUAAUGUUGCCAUUCAUGUAAAAAAUAACAGCUACAUCAAUAUUUUACUUAUUCUCAGGUGCAGACUGUUUUUAAUGUCCGGUGAGUUGCAGACAGUUUUGAAUGCUGCACUUUUUCUUGACGCACAAGCAGCAAUAGCUGCAACAGAAGCGCUCUAACAUGGCCAUAAGCCAGUCGUACCUCCUGAGACACAUCACUGUGACCACAUUAAUAGACCAGAAGAGUUUGAAUGGUUCAGGAAAGCUAGCUAAUCAGUCAGUCGUUGCUUUUUUUAAAUUAUCUUCAUGACGCUUCCUAUUCAGUAUUGUGUUAAGCAGUACAGCUAUUUCCAGGCAGGAGGGUCUUUAAAUGUGUUAUGUUAAAUGUCAUUUCAGUAUGCAUGUAAUGCCAAGUGUAAAUCUAUGGCUCUUUUUUAAUCACAUUGGCAAGCACAACAAGCAUGUUAGGUUUGUAAGAGGGUCUUUAGAACUUGAGCAUGUAGGAGCUUCAGCUCUAAAAGGGAAACAACAUUGUAUCUGUAGUGUUAAAAAUAUGUCUGAAGAUGAGUCUCAAUAAACGUUUUUUAACCAAAUGUUAAUUUCAAAAUUAGCCCUUUUAAUUGUAUUUAUUUAUUUUACUUAAUCCAUUAAUAAGGACACAUCACAUUUAUGCAACAACAAAGUCAGAAAAGAAAUUGGUUACGUAUUUGCCAAAAGAGGAACAGGCCUUUAUCUCUAGUAAGAAUUUCACUUUUCGGAGAGAUUUUUUGGAUGCCGUUUUUCCAUAAAGCUAUCCAUUCUAAAUCCGUUCAUGCUCCGACAUAUUACUGACAGGCGGUAAGCAGCGACUCACAUCCUGGCUGGUUGUUUGUGUGUCUGUGCACUCGAUUCCCAGGCCAGCAUGUCCCUGUUACACUUGGCUACUGCCGACUAAUCGUAAAAGGAGACGGCACCUGCCGCGUUGUCACUUGCUCUACAUUAAGUGAGAGGCCCCGUUUGGAAUCCUAGAUAUUUCUUGGCAAGAUAUUUUUAUUCAAAAUUGCACUAAUAAACUGGUAAUUAAACCAUAGAAUGUGCUGGUACAGAGGUACAAAAAAAGCAUCAACAUAUACUAUAAUACAUCAAGCACAUAUGACAGAAGUAAAAAAUCAAAACAUGUUUACAAGGUGACAGUAAUAAAAAGUUUGUUCUAAAAAUGUACUCCAAGAGCAUAUAUUACUGUGUGCUUUAUAUACAUUUUAAAGAGAGUACGCUAGCUUUGUCAUCACACAAACAUUUAUAUAAUAAGGCUGUUAAUAAAGCUCAUUCUCAGUUGAAGGCAAACAUCACCGCAUAUACACAGUUGAAUCCUAGAAAUGUCUACUGGCUGGUUGUUUAUGGGGGUGUAGGGCAUGUUGGAUGUUUGCCUGGCAUAGGUCUUUCCCAGCCCCCCCACCCUCACACCAUGUGGUAUCAUCCAUCUUAGCAGCGUGACAGCUCAAUUUUUUCCUGCAUAUGUCUUGUAUAUAUUUCAAAGUAUUCCCUCUACAGAUGGGAAACAUGAUCAGAUAAUUCACAAACAUUGUGCCAUAAUUUACCAGCCUUGCAGAGUCAGGCUACGAUUUCUGCUUACUCAGCUUGGAAGAUUAAAAAUGGGUUCUGUGAUGCUAAUAAAUAACCACAGCAUUGGAUUACAGUUUAGUUUGCAUCUCAUAAAUGUUUGAAUGUACUUUUAAUUAUUGGAUAAUUGUUUUUAAAGGGACUGUAUGAAAGUUUGUACAUGUAUAAAGGUUUUUUAUUGCC